GGCCUACCGACGUGUACUUUUUUUUUAGUCGAAUGGUUCGAGUUCUAGUCGAAUGGGUCGAGUGACGAGUCGAGUGACGAGUCGUGUGACCAGGCCGCUUUUAGCUUUAGUCGCGGAAAAUGGUUCGUGCACUGAGUCAGCCUUGGAUGCAUUCUUCUUUUCUAUUGCAUUCCUUACGGGUUGGGAGAAGGCAACGCUCUGUGGCGAGAAAGAAGAUCGGAGUGCUGUUGGAGAAAGAGGGUUUCAAGGAACACUCAUCUCAAGGGCGAGCACCAAGACCUACCUUAUUCUUCUCAAAACGAGCUGAGUUGCUAUCAAAUAAUUGACUACAAUGCAAUUCCUGCAAGUAUCCCUGUUCGCAGCCCUUUGGGGAUCAGCCAGCGCUUUUACAACCAUCAACAUUGGUAGCACUCGGCUUCAGCAUUCAACCAGAUCCAUUCUUGUACCAGUACUUGCUAGUACCGCUGACGAUGAUGGUUCUCCAAGCGACGUUUCCCCUCCAGAGGAUGACGCGCCGAGCGACAAUGGAAGCGGCCCACAAGGCGAUGAACCAAGCGAUGUGAAUACGGAAAUCUCCAUGCAGGAGGCUGGAAAGGAAUUCGAAACCGUGGAAGCACCCACCGACAAUUCGCUUCAAAAGCUCCUGGAGAUUGGAGCUCGUACUGGAAGAGGUGAAUUUGCCAGUUCCGAGGAGAAGAGCUCUGCUUCGGCACUCAUUGCCGCUCUGGAAGAUAGCCAAUCCAGCAUGAGUGGAAUCAUGUGGCAAGACAAGGUAUACGGCCGUUGGGAGCUUGUGUACUGUUCCACAGAGCUCUUUCGAAGCUCGCCAUUCUUCAUGGCGGGGCGAGCUGUGUGCUCUACCGAUGAUCAAGCCCAGCAGUACAAUUGGUUUUGUGAGAUGCACCGAAAGGCAUUGGCAAUCAGCACCAUUGGAGCAGUCCGACAAAUUGUCUCGCCUAGUCGCCUUAUCUCGGAGUUUGAAGUCAAGGCAGGAGCGGUGCCCUUUAUCGGGAAAUUCUCCCCGUUCAGGUAUUCCGGUGGACUUCCCGUCGCUAUCGAAGGUGCUAUUGUCAGUUCUGCCGAUAUUGACAUUUCUGACGAAGGCGAUGCAUGGGAGUUGUUCAUGGACACAGUUGAAAUCAAAGGCUCAAAUCUACCUGGUUUGAGGCAACUUCUGGACAGUGGUUUGAAGCUGCAGAGUCGACAGCUUGGAAGCUUUCUCGAAAGCAACCUUCCCAACUACAAAAAUCCCAAACCAGUCUUUGAGAUGACCUACUUGGAUGAUCGUAUCCGCAUCAACCGCGAUCAAGACAACAAUGUAUUCGUCUACGCCAAAGUCAGCAGCAACAUGGACCCUACGGACUAUUCUGGAGUGAUGCCGGACCUUGGUGUAACCCGUCUCCUCGAGGGCUUCAAUGAUUCCAUUACCAAGAUCUAUUUGUAGAUAUUAUGCAGCCAUACGGUAUGCAACUAUGCAACGGAUGAAGGAAUCCUCAUCACACGAUUUUUGCACUCGUGGUGUGGCAACUGGCAAUGAGUAAUAAAGCAGCCAAGUGGGCAUGUUUCGCGGUGCUGAGGAAAGAGACACAACAGAUGUACAAAGCAAAGCUACAACGACAAGGCACAAAAUUGUAGAUAAAGUAAACAUGUGCACUGAUUGUGAUUUGAUUUUUCCCCUUCUGUUGCAUCAUUGGAGGAUUGAAUUGCAAAGCUAGUUACAUA